UCCCGGAUGUGACGCAUAUGGCGUUAUUAGUACACAGACUGUGAUAUUGAGCGUUAUUACACUCCGCUAUGACCCGCGCUCUGUUCAGUGCCGCUUUACUCAGCAGAAGCCCCACAGCAGCUGUAAGGCGCGUUACAGUCCGCCAGCAGCACGGACAUGUGUGUGAUUUGGCAGUGGUGGGUGGUGGUAUCGUGGGAUUAGCCACAGCCAGAGAGCUCAUCCUGAGACACCCCAACGUCACAUUCACCCUGCUGGAGAAAGAGAGAGAGCUCGCACGACAUCAGUCAGGACGUAACAGUGGGGUGAUCCACAGUGGUGUGUAUUACACUCCCGGUUCUCUGAAGGCUCAGCUGUGUGUGAGAGGAGCAGCUCUGGCCUACGACUACUUUAACAAGAAAAACAUCCCAUACAAGAAAUGUGGCAAACUGAUAGUAGCAGUGGACAGAGAGGAGGUUACCCGUCUGAAAGCGCUGUAUGAACGUGGACAGAAGAACAAUGUGAAAGACCUCACACUGAUCAAUGCUAAAGAGAUCAGAGAGAGAGAACCUUACUGCAGGGGGAUCAUGGCUCUGGACUCACCCCACACAGGGAUUGUAGACUGGCGUGAGGUGUGUUUAUCGUAUGCUGCAGAUUUUCAGCAGGCCAGAGGUUCCAUAAGAACCAUGUUCACUGUCACAGAUAUCAAACCUGCAGCACAAAGUCCACCUCAGAGCUCUGAAGGUCUUAAAUAUCCGAUUAUCAUCAGGAGCUCAAAGGGUGAGGAGGUUCGCUGUCGGUUCGUGUUGACGUGUGGAGGUCUGUACUCUGAUCGUCUCUCUGAGAUCUCAGGCUGCAGCGCAGAGCCACGCAUCGUACCCUUCAGAGGAGAUUACUUAGUGCUCAAACCUGAGAAGAACUACCUCAUCAAGGGAAACAUCUACCCUGUCCCAGAUCCUCGCUUCCCGUUUCUUGGUGUUCACUUCACCCCCCGUAUGGAUGGCAGUAUUUGGCUCGGACCAAAUGCUGUGCUGGCGUUUAAACGUGAGGGAUACACACUGACUGACUUUAACACACACGACCUCACAGAUGCACUCGCCUUCAGGGGCCUGCAGAAGUUGGUGAUGAAGAACGUGUGGUUUGGUUUAGGUGAGAUGUACAGAGGGAUGUUUAUUAAUGCACAGGUGAAACUCCUGCAAAAGUACAUCCCUGAACUCCAACCAACUGAUGUUGUCAGGGGUCCAUCAGGAGUGCGUGCUCAGGCUCUGGACCGUGAUGGUAACCUGGUGGAUGACUUCGUGUUUGAUGGUGGUGUUGGAGAACUCGGCAGCCGAGUGUUACAUGUACGAAACGCACCGUCGCCCGCAGCAACCUCCUCCCUGGCCAUCGGCAUGGCGAUCGCAGACGAGCUGGAGAAACGGUUUGCUCUGUAGACACAACAACAGCUAUAUGAUGUCAUGAGAAAGGGACACAGAGAGAGACACGUGGAACACUAGUCAAGUAUGUUUCUUGGUGAUGGCAUCAGUGUGCACCACUGUGUAUGUGGUUAAUACACCGGGCCUGCGAAAGUGCUGUGCACAGUGUGUUUGUGAAGGUGCUGUGCACAGUGUGUUUGUGAAGGUGCUGUGCACAGUGUGUUUGUAAAGGUGCUGUGCACAGUGUGUUUGGUCAUUAUAUAAUUAUUUUCUAUCCUGUGUGUGAAACUCUUACUGAGAGGGAACCUAAUGUGGGUGCUGAUAAAUAAAUAAAUAAAUAUAUUUGUUUCAUAAA